GGGUGCAGUGUCAUUGACAAGACUCCACUGGUGAAAUAAACACGCUCCUCCACGGCGCACUCGCUGCUCGCCUUUGCGCACAUUUUUGCUCCUUUUUUCGGCGCAAUCGGUCGGACCUCGAACGCGAACUGUUCGAACUCGGGUUCGAAAUUAUGUUCCGAUCGGCGCCGCAGAUCCUGCCGGCGAGGAGAUGAUGACGACGACGCCGAUCGUAAGGAUGAUGAUGAUGGUGGUACCGCGGGGCGGCUCGGAUCGGGACCCCGGCGGCGGCGCCGUUCUGCCCCUGCUGGCCGUGGUGGCCGCGUCUCUCCUGGGCGCCGCGCUGGGCAAGGAUACGGCCUUUGUGGAGGUGGUUCUGUUCGAGUCCAGUCCAAGCGGGGAUUACACCACGUACACGACGGGCUUGCAGGGACGCUUCUCCAAAGCCGGAGCCACCAUCAGCGCCGAGGGGGAGAUCGUCCAAAUGCACCCUUUGGGAUUAUGCAACAACAACGACGAGGAGGACCUGUAUGAGUACGGCUGGGUUGGGGUGGUCAAACUGGAGCAACCGGAGCUGGAUCCCAGUUGCCUGACUGUGCUGGGAAAGGCCAAGAGAGCCGUGCAGCGAGGAGCCACCGCCGUCAUCUUUGACGUGUCGGAAAACCCGGACGCCAUCGACCAGCUCAACCAGGUGGCGGAGGACCCCCUGAAGCGACCAGUGGUCUACGUGAAAGGCAACGACGCUGUCAAGUUGAUGAACAUCGUCAACAAGCAGAAGGUGGCUCGUGCCAGGAUACAACACCGCCCCCCCCGGCAGCCCACAGAGUAUUUCGACAUGGGCAUCUUCUUGGCCUUCUUUGUGGUGGUGUCGUUGGUCUGCCUCAUUCUGCUCAUCAAGAUCAAGCUGAAGCAGAGGAGGAGUCAGAGCUCCAUGAACAGGAUGGCGGUGCAGGCGCUGGAGAAGAUGGAGACGCACAAGUUCAAGGCCAAAGGGAAAGGCCAACGUGAGAGCGGCUGCGUGCCGACUGACUCGCUGAGCGGCAGCUCCACGUCCGACUGCGCCAUCUGUCUGGAAAAGUACAUAGACGGCGAGGAGUUGAGGGUCAUCCCCUGUGCUCACAGGUUCCAUAAGAAAUGCGUGGACCCCUGGCUGCUCCAGCAUCACACCUGCCCCCACUGCAGGCACAACAUCAUCGAGCAAAAGAAGGGAAAUCCUGGACCCUCAUGCAUGGACCCGGGUAACCCAGUCCACGGGCGCCAGCAAAGGGUGGUCCUGCCCGUCCACUAUCCCGGAAGAGUCCACCGUGCUGGCCAGGUAACCGCCUACCCGACGAGAACCAGCAUGGACCCCCACGGCAACACCGUCACAGUCCUCACGGUGGACCAGCACCCGGAUCCUCAGGGUCUGUACCCGCCCCCAUCGACAUCUUCCAUCCUGCGGAGCUACCACCCCGCCCUCCACGUGGACCACACCCUUAACCCUCACCACUGCGGACUAGAGCACCGGGGACCCCCCGCCUACCAAGCACAGCCGCACCACGCCGCCUUCAAGCGGGCCAAGUUUCACGGCCGCAACUUCUCGCGAGCGGCGUGCUUCUCGCAGUACGAGACAAUGUACCAGCACUACUACUUUCAGGGCUUGACUUUCCCCCAGCAGCCCGAGGGUGGCCCAGGACCCGCAGGUCCGGGCGGGGCUCCCAAAGCCCACCACAGCAGGGCCUUCCAGCAGGGCCUGUUGUACCCCACCGUGGUGCACAUGGCGCCGGCCUCCUCCUCGAGAAUGGGGGACAGCGGCAGCAUGUCCGGCCUGAGCUGCUACCACGGCCAUCGCUCGGUGUGCAGCGGCUACCUCGGCGACUGCCCGGGCAGCGACAGCAGCAGCAGCAGCUCAGGCCGGUGCCACGGUUCCUCCAGUGACUCCAUGCUGGACUGCACCGAGGUCAGCAACCAGGGAGUUUACGGCAGCUGCUCCACCUUCCGCAGCUCCCUGAGCAGUGACUACGAUCCUUACGUCUACCGGAGUAAGAGCCCUUGUCGGGGCUCCACAGGGGAGGUGCCGGCUUCAGCUUGCCCCCCAGUUCCUCCUGAGGAAUCAUCACCGUCCCCCGGACUCUUGGGACACGACUGCCUCCAGCUUCCUGCCGGGGCAUCAGCGUACAACACGGGGGACCACCUCUCCAACUGCAGCAGUCAAUCAUCACUGGAACCCAGGGAGAACAGCAGCACGUGUGCUACCUCAGGCGCCGCUUCGGAAGCUCCUGGGACAGAGCGCCUGGCGAAAGCGGCCCACGAGGAAGUGGGGGAGCCGGGCGCUGUGGCCUGUAGCUGCUGCUUCGAGGUGCUUCCCCAGAACACGAACUCGGACCAAGCGGGACGGUGUUGCAGGGGGGUUGACUUUAAGAGCUCCGCCACCAAGAACUACUUUCCUUCCGAGCACUCUUGCCCCCCCCCAGAACCCAUAAGCUACGACGGAUUACCUUGCUGUUUUUACAAGGAGAUGAAGGUCCACAGGACCACGACGGGUCGCUACGCGGAGGACUAUGCCGUGAACGUGCAGUAUGCAGACUCUGAGGCCUUCUCGGGUCAGGCCUGCUGUGAACUCAACCAGAGAAUACCCAUAAUUCCCGAGGACAUGGAUUGCGAAAUGGGUGAGGAGACGCAUCGCAUCAGCUUGUUGCAUGGCGGCGUCACGCUGGAGACGGAGGCGCAACGAGAAACCAGAGAGGACUACUUCACCGCAGGACACUUCAGAAGACAGACGGAGGAGACCCGGGCUUUGUUUCAACCUCAACUCUCGCCAUUUGGCACAAGUACAAAGGGAGGGGUGGGCGUGUAAGAGUUAGCAUUUUUGGUACCACAACACCUCCGAGUCCGAGUCCAUGGUGCCGUGCCACCUCGGGGUCUUGUGCACGAGUGCGGGUAGGAUGGAAAGCGAGAUGGACAGGCGGAUUGGUGUCACCUCUGUAAUGCAGACUCUGCAUCGGUUGUGGUGAAGAGAGAGCUGAGCCGAAAGGCAAAGCGCUCAAUUUACCUGUCGAUCUCCAAUCCUACCCACGCCAACGGUCAUGAGCUUUGGGUAGAGACCAAAAGGACAAGAUGGGGGGUACAAGCGGACGAAAUUAGUUUUCUCUGUAGGGUGGCUGGUUCCUUGGAGAUGAGCUGAGAGGCAAGGUCAUGCGGGAGAAACUCAGAGUAAGAAGCGCUGCUGAGGUGGGUGGGGCCUGGAUGCCUCAGGGCACGUCUGACCAGUAGGAGGCCUUAGGAAAGACCCAGGACGGGGCGAGACCAUGUCUCUCAGCUGGCCUGGGAGCGCCUCAGGAUCAUCCGGGGGUGGGGGUGGGGGUGGGGGGGUGUCAAAGUGGCCUUGGUAAAGCAGUAGAAGAUGUAUAGAUGGAUGGAAGGUACCACAGCAGUCAGUCAUUCAAACCUUGAGUUGCCUUGCUCUGUUGAAUGUCAGCACGUUGGAAUGUGCCAUCACUCACCUUCAUUCUGGCGGCCCCAACAAGCCGCUCUUUAAAUCAAGAACCAGCAGGCUUGACUUUUCUUAUUGACGUCGUCAUGGACACCAACACUCGCUGCCUAUCAAGCCGGGCGUAGUUUGUAUGGUCAUAGCGAAACCAAAAGUAUCAUACCACAGCAGGGAGCCUUUCUGUGACACGUUGGCUCUGGCGGGGAUGGAGGGCGAAGAAAUGCCACCAAGCGGUACGGUUUGCUUGGCUUAACUUUGGUACAGUUGGGGGAUGGGCGAUGACAUCUUUUCAUCAAAUGUAAUCAAUAUCGGUUUGAUACGCCUGUUUAGAACUGCUACCUGGAGGUACCACGUUCCAGUUGGGGUUUUUAACGUUUGCAGCGGGACGCAGUUGUACACGUUAGCCUAGUCACUCAAGGGAAUGAUUGGACUUUACUUUAAGAUGGAGGUAAGUGUUUAAGGGCCUCCUCUCCAAAAGUGGAGCACACAAGGGAGGAAGAUGAUCUUUUAUUAGAAUUAGCUGCUAGCCAACUGUACGACUGUGCUACGGCAUUAGCUGCUAGCCCACUGUACGACUGUGCUACGGCGUUAGCUGCUAGCCAACUGUACGACUGUGCUACGGCGUUAGCUGCUAGCCAACUGUACGGCGGUGCUACGGCGUUAGCUGCUAGCCAACUGUACGGCGGUGCUACGGCGUUAACUGCUAGCCAACUGCAUGGCGGUGCUACGGCGUUAGCUGCUAGCCAACUGUACGGCGGUGCUACGGCGUUAGCUGCUAGCCAACUGUACGGCGGUGCUACGGCCUUAGCUGCUAGCCAACUGUACGGCGGUGCUACGGCGUUAAGCUGCUAGCCAACUGCAUGGCGGUGCUACGGCGUUAGCUGCUAGCCAACUGUACGGCGGUGCUACGGCGUUAGCUGCUAGCCAACUGUACGGCGGUGCUACGGCGUUAAGCUGCUAGCCAACUGUACGACGGUGCUACGGCACUUCUUCUGCAAAUCAAUAGGUGACAACCGAGAUCGUUUCAAACAAUAGCAAUAUUCCAGCAUACCGAAAUGAACCGUACUGCUUGUUGGCUCCCCGACACCCCCGCUCUUGCAGCACAGUGGAAUACUCUGUUGGCGUCAUUAAUCCGUUCCAGAAGGUCAGAUUCAAACUGAAACGGACGGUAACUGAGUCCAUUUUUCCCGGAAGAAAUCAUGAAAAUCCAAUUGAACCGCUCCAGAAAGCCAACAAAUUAACACAAAACACGUUUUCAUGGUUUUACCCGCAGUAAAUAAAUGGAAAGGCAUAUACAAUAUGCCACAUAAAUACACAUCAUGAGGAAUGGAUGGGCUUUUACUGUCAUAGCAGACGUGACUCUGGGUGGAACCAAAGAAAGGAAGGUCGUCUUUGAGAACAGUCAUGUCUUCAGUGACGACAAAAGUAACAUUAAAUGUUGAUUUAUCCCUUUCCUUCCUCAUUUUAUGCAUUUAGAAUCGUUUCACGCAUGUCCACUUUGCGUUUCUGGUUGCCAUUUUGUUGCCUACCCGUGGGAUUCGUGCCCGAGCAAGGGAAGCGGCUAAGCUGCUCGUAGUGACACCUACUGCACAAGAAUCCCUGCAUUAGAAAGUCUGUUUCCACUGAUGGCCUCCAUGCUAAUGAAAGGACUGUGGUGGUCCUAGCAUGUAGCAAAAACUAACAAAAAGGCCAAAAGGAAAAGUAGCUGAUGACUCAAAAGGGUUCCUUUUUGUACUGUGACUUUUGAUUUCUUUUUAAACAAUGCAGUUGCAGCAUAGCACAGCUUAAAUCACAAUGUGCCAUGUCUCUCAGACACACACACACACUCAAAUGCUUGUGUUUGUCCUGCAGACUGUCCUUCUACUGUUUCUAUGAAAUAUACACACAUUGUCUACGUAGCGGACGACCUUCUUCCCAAAUAAUUUAUAGCCUGUCAUCAUCUAAUCUUGCCUUUUGCAUAGAAAUGUGUACCACAACGUUGUUUUUUUUUUUUUUGGGGGGGGUGGGGACUUGAGUCACUAUUUAAUUUUUUGGUUUGUUUGUAGCACUUAAGAAGAUGAAAAUGUGUACAAAAAAUAUAAUUAUUUUCUGUCACGACCAUUGCAGAUGUUUUUGUUUUUUUCCAAGAAAGGCUUAGAGAUCAAUCUGUGUAUAUUUCUGUACCUGCAUAGCAACACAUUUCAUACAUGGAAAUAUGUUCUCGGAAUAUUUAUUGACUAAUAUAUUUAUCUUGAAGCCAUGUCUUAUGUUCAGAGUUUAUCGACGAGCGAGCAGAAUCACUUCCAUGAGACGUUGUACAUACGUGGUAAUUGCACACGAGACGAUUCAAUCUUCUGACCAAAAAACAAAAAAACAUUUGAGAAACUUUAGUACUAUACAGUUUUUGUAAUGAAAGUGUACAAAGAUGUGUAAAAUAUACAGUUUUAUUCAAGUACUCCUGUUGUGUGUCAUUACUAGCGGGUUGGCGGUGUUACUCCAUCAUUGUGGUCCCCGUCAGGCCGCCCAUUCCGAUAGCAACCCCCUGGGAGUGAGAUCCGCCGUAAGAUGAGCCACAUUGAGAAACAAAAAGUCUGCGAUUUCGAGAAUAAGGUUGGAAAUUGUGGAGAAUGAGGUGGUAAUACUACGUACAGCUUCACUGCAGCUUUUAUUUACAAUGUGGCAGCAAAACAGCAUUGGGCAUUUAGACUUGCAUGGCUAGCCCUUCUCGCUUCCUCCCUCCACAUGCCCAAGGUCAAAGGUCACAUCCCCGAACACAAAUUUACCAACCUUUUCCCCGUAAACUUACAACAUAUUAUGAGUUUUUUCUCUGCUAAUGUUUACGAUGGACGUUAUUCUCGUGAAUUGACCACCUUAUUCUUUAUUCUAUGAUUAUCUUUUCACAAGGAUGAAAUUAUUUAUGAUGAGUUGUACUAGCGAGGGUCUCUGUUAGACAAUUUCAAGCAUCCGUGGCUAAUUAUUAUUACAAAAUAAGGAUGGCUUUUAUCAACAUGCUGAUGGGUGUUUUUUACGGAAAUCGGAAGCGAGCAUCCCAAGUUUUCAGUCGCGCUUCGUUAGAAAAAGGAAAUAUCGUCUAUUUCAAGGAAGCGUUAGGAACUCGAUGUGAGCUGAAGCGUGGAGCUGCUGUCCUCUAUCGGUGGCGUCUCCAGCAGAUAUCUGCAGCUGUGACGGCACAAGCUUGACAAAGUCGGCCGAAAACAUAGCAUGCACACCACGGCGGCACAGCAAGGCAGCAGCACAGACAUCGGGUCAGUACACAGUUUUUGCCCGCGUACAGACCCGUGACCCACUUUUGGAACCGGAAACUCCAGUUGACAAUCCCUGAUUUAGGCAGGUUUUCCUUUACUCCAAUAGACGUUAUGAUUCCAACCGUGGAAAACAGCGACAUCUCACCGGCUUGGUGGUGUGGGGGCAGAGAGGUACGGUCCAGGCGGCAGAAGGGGACGAGCGGAGGACUCAUGCAUCCAAAGAGGCCGCCGAUGCGGCGCCUCGGUCCCCGGGUUUCCCGGUCGGUGUCGUCACAGCUUGAAACCAGAGUGAAGGGAGACCACUCCUCCGGUCAGGUUGUCGUAGCGCACACAGUCGAAGCCCGCCUCCUCUAUCAUGUGUGUAAACUCCUCCUGCAGGGGGGGAAUUAAAAGGUCAUCGCAAAUUCUUACAUGUGAAUAACAAACUUGAUUUUUUUUUACAUUUUUGCCGUUUUUUUAUUUUUUAUAUUUCAACUUUCUUAACUUUUGUAAUCUUCAUACACUUAUAUACAUUUUGUUCUCAUGACUUUAUUCCAAAAAUUACAACUUAUUUUAUUUUGGUUCUUGUAUUACAACCCUUAAAACUUUUUCCUGUAAUAUUUAUUUUAUAUAUAAUUUUUUUUUUAGAUCUUUAUGCAACUAAAAUGAUUAGUUUCCUAAUAAAAUUGCAACUCCUUUCUCUUCCAAUGUUAACUUUAUUCUCAUUAAAUUACAGCUAUUGUUUUUUUUUUGUUUCUGCUGCUUUUUUUAAAUUUUACAUUUCCAACUAUUUCAAGUUUCUUCUUGUAAUUGCGACCCCCCGCAACCCCAUUUCCCCAAAUGACAACUUUAGUCAUUGUUUUGCUUGUUUUUCAUAUUAUUACAACCUUAAAAUGUUUUUUUUCUCAAAUACUUCAACUCUGUGAAUAAAAUAACAUUAUUUUUCAUCACAAUAUUACGACUUCAUUCACGGAAAAUUACAAUUUUUUCUCUUUUUUUUGGGCUAUAUUGUACUAUAUACUUCAUUCUCGUGUCAUUACAACUGAAACCUAAUUUUCCCCAAAUGACAUUGCCAUUAUUUGCUUUGUUUCUGAUAACACUAGAGAUUGAAAAAUAUGUUUUCAAUUUAAUAUCAAUUAAAGUAUAAAACAUCAUUCUACUUCCUCACAAUGGUGGAGGCCCCCGACCACCAGGCCGUGGCCCGGUGAACUUUUAGGAGAAAUGAUCAAAAAUAAAUCAAACACUUGAAAAUAUAAAUAAGUAAAAUAUAAAUAAGUACAUGAAAUUUGAUGUAAAGUACCCUCAUGCUAGCUCGCACAUCCAACAGUGAUGUGGUGAUCUUCUCUCUAAAAAAAACAAAGUCCAGGCUGGUGUAUGGUGGCACUGUGCUUAGUGCUU